AUGGAUAUGCGUGAAAAUUCUCGGAAAAGAAGUAAAAAAAGUGGCGAAGAUCGAUUGUCAUGUCUCCUCAAUCCAAAACCCGUUCAGUUCAAAGGCUCAUUUAAUAAGCGCUCAGGUUUUAAUAAUAAUAAUAAUAAUAAUAAUAAAAGCAGUCGAGAAUCCGUGGACGAAAAGAGGGAUUUUCUGCCUGAUCAAAGUCGCGAAAGAACUCCAGUCAAUAAUUCUGUAGAACUAUUUGAAAUAAGCUCGCCGAAUGAUGUACGACCUUGUUAUCAAACAUUAAAGAAAAUCAUUGAAAUUGAAACGGAAAUCAAUAGAAUUCAUGACAAAAUUCACGGAAUCGACAAAGUCAUUUCAAAUCUACAAUCUGAACGUAUUGGACAUCAAAAAUCAUUCACAAAAUUACAGCAUGAUAAAAAGGUAUUACUUGAUAAUUUAGCUAAGCGUGCAAUGGCUAAUGACAGGGAACCAAUUGAGAGAACAGCAUCAAGAGAAAGUGAAAGGAACGUAGAGUCAUCAUUUGAGAUAAGACCACAUAAAGAAAUUAAGAAAGAAAAGGAUACAAGUAAUAAAACCAAGAAUAUUGAAGUUGUUGAGGAAAAAAAGAAACGUAAAGUUGAUGAUUCGCCACAAAUCUCAAUAGUAGCUGCUGAUGAUGAAAAUAAGAAAAAGAAAAAGUACACAAUUGAAGAGGAACCAAAAUCAGCAGCUCAAAAAGCUAAAGAAAGAGAAGAAGAAGAAAGAAGGAAGCGAAUUGAAGAAAUCAGACGUAAUAAGCAGCUUAGACGUGAAAAAGAAGAAAUAGAACGAAGAAAAUUGGAAGAAGAAGCUAAAAAGGAAUCAAAUGAUAAGAUUCUGAUCAUUAAUCGAGAUAAAGUUCAUGCAAAACUUAAGGAACGCGAGAAAGAAAAGAGAAAAGAACAAAAUAUCCAGUCACCGUCAUCUCUAAAGCCAUCGCCUAAAAGAUCAAAGGAAACGAUUCACUUGUUCUCAUUAGAUGAAGUCAUAGAUCCAGCAGAUCUUAAAAUGAAAAUGUUUAAGCUUGAGUUCACGAAAUUAUCAUUAAAACAGAAUAUUUUGGAUCAGUUUCAAGCUGGAAAAUGUCCAGAAAUUGAUAUUAAUGAGCUGAUUAGUCCAUCAUCCAGUAAUGCGCCUCUUCAAAGUGAUAUGUCAAUUGAUGAUGUAAUUCAAAUUAUUAAAAAGGAAGCAGAGCAAUCAAUUAAGCAAUCUAAGUCAGAAGUUCCAAAUUUGCCUGGUAAAACAUCAACAACAUCCAUAACAUCAAAAGUUUCAGUGACAAGCACUGAUAAAGAUCCGUUAGCAAUUGACGAUAAUGAAGAAAUUGUUAAUCCACCGACACCAGGAAGUAAUUUGACAUUAAAUGAUGAUAACGAUACAAAUGCGUCAGAUCAUGUUAAUAAUGAGCAAGACUAUUCAGAAUGGACGGGAAAUUUUGAAUCUCACAAUCAGCCAAUCGUUCACAUACAAAAUAUUAAUGGAAAGCAUAUGUUAAGUGAUGAAGAAAUUGAGCCUUUAUGCUGCGUCGAUGCAUUGAUUCUUUGUAUGAGAUCAGCAAAGGAAGGAUCAAGGCAUAUUCUUUUGAUAUCGUCUCGAAUGAAUGCUAUUCAGGUGCGUGAUGCAAGCGAAGGCCUUUUACUGAGAACACUGUCGAAUGACUUGAGCGGUGUUAGCAUUUAUGAUAUGCUUCUUGAGGGUAGUACAAUUUAUUGCGGUAGCAAUUUACAUGAAAUAUUCGCUAUUGAUUUUACGACUGGUGCCUUGAAAAAGAAGCGCAGCAUGAGCGGUGCAGGAGCAAUUUGCGUACGAAUAUAUAAAGAAAAUCUUAUUGUAGCGUGCUACGAUGGAAAUAUUUAUAUCUUUGAUUUAAAUGCUGAUGAUGACGCUUGUAAUAUUACUGGACCAUCAAAUAUGCUUUUAGCUAUGGAUCUCUGGGAUGACAAGAUAAUUGCAUCUACAAAAGAUAAGACACUGAAAAUCAUGAAUAUUCCAACAUGA